CAAUUAGCCCAUGUCUGUCCCUCCGCGACGAUCUCCGGCCGUCACCAUCCUGCAACCCCCAUCCUGUAGCUCACAAAGCUCUUCUCCUUCCUCCCUCCAGCUCUAGCUCAUCCUUAUAAAGGCCGGAGGUAGCUUUGUGUGCCCUGCCAUGUGAGAGAGACCACUCCUCUUUCUCCAACUCUGCUUGGUAUUUUUAUUGGGCUGCAAGAUUGCCAAGGAAUUCUUCGUCUUCGUCUUCUUCUCCGACGAUCGAGAUCAGCUAGCUAAUGGGGUUCCCGGCGCCGGUGUUCUCGGAGCCAGAGCUGCCCAGGCUGCUGCUCAGCCUCCUCUUCCUGCUCGCCCGCCUCCGCCGCCUCUCCUCCUGGCUGCUCCGCCUAGCAGGCGCCGGCGUCGACGCCAACCUCAGCUUUGACCGCCCCACUGCCUCCCGCAGCGCCGGCCGCCACCGCCGCCAGGAGCUGUACCGCCAAGACCACCGCCUCGAGGACCUGGAGGAGCACUCCCCGGCCAUGCGCUUCGACGCGCUAUCCACCAGCGGAGACGAAGCCGAAGCUCUGGUGCUGCCGGAGGGCUGCGCGGUGUGCCUCGGCGACUUCGACGCCGCCGCGCGCGUGCGCCGGCCGCGAGGGUGCCGGCACGUCUUCCACCGCGCCUGCCUCGACCGCUGGGCCGCGCAGGGCCACAGCACAUGCCCGCUCUGCCGGUCGCCGUUCCUCCCUCCCUUCCUCCUCCCGCUGCCGCUCCCGCCGGCGUCCUGAUUUCCUCUGGGUAUUAUUUGCACAAUCCGGCGACUGCAGCAAGCAAAUCCUGAGGAGGGUUUUCUUAAUUUGUGACUUUUGGUAGGGUUUUUAUGGAAACAAACCCAACCACAGCACGACCCAAGGAGGCCAUGGAGGCGAGCUGUGGAAAUAUUUUCCGAUCGCCCCCCUCCUUUGGAUAGAUUCUCACAACAACGUCCCUAGGGGUGGGGAUUAGUUCCUUGUAAAAGCUUCGGUUUAUUUGGAUUUCACCCAGGUAAAAAAAUCCAUACACCAAGAAGAAGUAGUGGAUUUAUAUACAUCAGAAAACAGAUUAUAUGAAGUAGAUAGAGGAGUCAAUAAUCUAAAUAUGUGUAGAGAUACUUGAAAAGAGUUUUUUUCCUCUGCUCACUUUUAGUCUCCUUUCUGUCUUCCUGUAUGAUUUUAGCAAUAUCAUGCCUUUUUUUCAUCUAUUAUACUACUGCUCAGGGGGUUUGGAAACGACUCAUGUUUACAGUUUUGUACAUAUUUUGUGCAUUAACAUCUUUUUGAAAAUGUAUAUUGAUUCAUUGGAUUAUCUUAUUUUAUCGCCUAUGCUAAAUCUAACAUCUAAACACUGAUGAUACGGUUGACGCAUAACUAUAAAGACAUGCAAUUCGUGUACAAUAAUCCAUCCACUAAUAUCUGCUUCCUUGAAGGGGUUUUCAAUUUAAAAGGGGACAACUUCUAUUCCACCAUCUAUUUGCUACCCAAUCUAUUAAUAUAAAAAUAUAACUUUGUUACAUGCAAAUGUGUGGACCAAACUAUUAAGUGAGCUAAUACUCAAAUAAGACAUGAUAUAAUUGUAAUAUACCUCUUAAACUCGUGCAUAGUAGAACCCUCUACCAAGAUAUUAUAAAUAAAACAGCCACAAACACAUCUAAGCACACUAUAAUACUUGUACAACUAGUUGUUGGGGCGCAGCCUUGCUGCGCCGCCUGAGGCGUGCCGUUGCGGUGCUAGGUAGGCACUCGCUCUUUUCUCUUGCUUCUUUGUGAUUUAUGUGAUGCAUCUACAUGCAAGCUAUGAGAGCCGCUUCAACAAAAUAUAUAGGUUGUUCACGUGAGAAUAAACCGCAUCAUAUGCAAUAGCAUAGUCAGGUGCAAGUUGCUGGUUGGAAAAA